UCUUUAUACCUCCUCAUUUCUUCACUAUACUAGAUCCUGUCCCCGUUGCAAGAACGACAUGCAGAUCUUCGUCAAGACCCUCACGGGGAAGACGAUCACCCUCGAAGUCGAGGCUAGCGACUCCAUCGAGAAUGUGAAGGCCAAGAUUCAGGAUAAGGAGGGAAUCCCCCCAGAUCAGCAGAGAUUGAUCUUUGCUGGGAAACAACUUGAAGAUGGCAGAACUCUAUCUGAUUACAACAUCCAGAAAGAAUCUACCCUUCAUCUGGUUCUCAGGCUUAGAGGAGGUGGUAAGAAGAGGAAGAAGAAGAACUACACCACCCCCAAGAAGAUUAAGCACAAGCACAAGAAGGUCAAGUUGGCCGUCUUGAAGUACUACAAGGUGGACGAUAAUGGCAAGAUCAAUCGUCUGAGACGUGAGUGUCCCGCUGAGGAGUGUGGUGCCGGCGUUUUCAUGGCGGCUCACUUUGAUCGCCAGUACUGUGGAAAGUGUGGGUUGACCUACGUCUUUAACAAGCCUGAAGAAAAGUAAUGUGCUCUCUUGAAAUACAUACCUAAAACUAG